AUGCUUUGGAGACUCCAAUGCAACCAAUGGUUACCUGUUGCCGAGAAGACCCUCUCUAAUAUCGAGGCUUCGGGCAACGAUAUGUUCGUGUUUGGCAUCAGCGAGGGUGAAGUUGGUGCUUUCUACCCGAAGAAUCACAAUGCUUAUCGGAUAAUCGCUCCGGCCGAUCCUUCCAAGGAGUAUACUGGAGUCAGCUUUGAUCAACAGUCGAAUCUUCUAUAUGUUACCGAGAAGGCUACUGGGCAGAUCGCUCGGUUCAUAAGUCAGGGAGGCGUGUGGACUCCAAUAGCCCCCUUGAGUGGUUCGGGUGUUCUUAUUGAGCCUACCAUUUUGCGCUUCACACUCGGUAAACUUUAUGUUAGAAUGAAUGGCGGCGUUGCCUAUGCUACGAUGGAUGGGUCUGUGGAUCCUCAGUGGACUUUCAUUCCACUGGAUAUUCAAGGUGACGAAAGCUUUACUGCGGCUCCAGACGGCUACCUCUACUACCGUAAAUCCAUCGAUUCGGUCUACCGCCUCCCGCUAGAUGAUCUAGCUGGCUCGGGUGAGCUUUACGCUGGUGGGUGUGGCUGUGGUCUGGCGCCUAAUCAAAUAUGUACUUCGGGCAACGGUAACCUUGUGAACUUCAAACCCACUGGAGGCAUUGUCAUGCAAGACUACUUUGAAGGACCUGACUUCCGCUUCCUUAACUGGUGUGGAGAUUUCUGUUCUACUACCACCAGUGGUCCUGUGACUAGCACUACCACUUUCUCAACUAGUGGUCUUUUGACUAGCACCACUACUGUUCCAACUAGUGGUCCUGUGACUA